AAUUUAUAACGUUGUUGUGUGAUAAUGUGAAAUCAAUGACGUGAACUGAAGUUUCAUGAAAACUGAAGCUGACCAAGUUGAACCAGAUGCCAAUCUCUGCAGCUGACCCAAACUUCCGGAAGAGGUGGUAAGCAACCCGUUCAUCAAAAUCCAGCCUUUCUCCAAAGCUGCAAGCCAAGAAAAGCCUCUAAUUCCUUGCUUUUCUCCCCAAGCUCAAGGCAACACCACCACCUAUGAAACUACCACCCUAGGCUCGGCUGACUAAAUGCUAGCCCGACCUUUUGCCGACCGAUCGACCCAUCGGCAGCCAUGUCCGGCCAACCACGCUCGCCGUCGAUCCCGCCGCCGCAGCCGCAGCCAUUCCGCUUCUGGCUUCCUUACAGAAGCCAUGCCACGUCGUCACCGCGGCCGCCAUUAAUGCCAGCCUCGCGUCGACCGCAGCCACCACCCGGUUCACCCCCACCAACACCGGCGGAGCCUGCGCCGCCACGCGCCGUGGAGGAGGAAGAUAUCCCCAUCCAAGCCGACUCGUCGGACGAAUCGGACACGAUCGCCGUGGAAGCCUUGGACGCGCUGCGGCUGCGAGGAGCCAGGCAGGCCGUGGCUGACCUGGAGCUCACGCUCUCGAGGUCACGGCCGCCGCCCAAUGGGCAAGAGCAGGGCACGAGCAGGGAGCGUGCGAACGACGACGGCGCCAAGAUCGCCAUCUCCGGCUUCCCGAGGGCGCGCCUCUUCGAUGGCGCCCGCGCGCCGUACCGGCGGGAGAUCGAGGACGGGCUCAAGAGCCUCGCUGCAGGCCGCGAUACCCCCGCGCCGCCGGAUAACCAGGGGUACCGCGUCAUCACGCUGGCCGGCCACAACGUCGGCGCGAGCAUGGUCCUCGGCUCCGGCUCCGGCAGCGCGCCACUGCCCGAGGGGCCCGCGUCGGCGGUCGCCACGAACGUGAACAGCAACGUGCAGGGCGUGAACAACUCGACGAUGGAGGGGAGCUCGUGCAGCUCCGGCGACCCCGGCGUGCGCGUCGACGUCGUCAAGAAGGCGCGCGACGACGAGACUGGAGUGACGGCGCCGCCGGGCAAGGUGGAGGGUAAGGAGAGGCCGGAUCAGGAGGAGCCGGCGAGAACGAUGAUGCCGCCGCAAGAGAAGAGCAGGGCGGGGAGUGGUGGAGGAGGCGCGGAGGCGGCCAGGCCGCCGACGAGGACGAGGCGGUGCCUACGCGCGCUGCUGAUGGAGACGCGGAAGCCCAGGCCGCCGACCGCCUGCCGGUUCCAGUGCGUGGCGGAACACGCGUCGCCGGCGGCGGCGAGCGACGGCGGGGGUAAGCGCGCGGAGGAAGGCGCGGGAGAGAGCACGAGGUGAAGUUGAAGAGCGUGUGGGAAUCGGAAGUGCAUCGUGUCUAAUCGUUUUUGUGCAAAAAUACGAAAUCCAAAUGAUAUACACUGUAUACGAGAAGGCUCUCUCCUAUCUGACACCCAAAUGAUAUACGCGAAGGCCCUCUUCUCUCUAACACUGAAAUCACUGUCACAUGUGAAC